AUCAAAAGAUGACUUUCGAUCACCAAGUCUGAAGCCACUUCUCCUGCUCGCUCACCUUCCUCGGUGGUUCGAUCAGACAACGAGAUCCCAAACGUUUAUGACCUUAUACAUAAAUAGUCCUCUGCACGGCUCUCUUUAAUCGCACCGAGGCUUACGUCUGAUCUGCAUUUGUAGUUGUACUCGAUCUCCUCCCCCACGCCGGCCGUAGUACUCUACUCUCCGUCGGUCGGUCACGGGACGCGGCUAGGCGGCUAGCUCGCCAGCCAUGGCUGUCCAGGAGGAGGCGCUGCACAUCCUCUUCUUUCCGUUCCUGGCGUCCGGCCACCUCAUCCCGACCGCCGACAUGGCCGCGCUCUUCGCCGGCCGCGGCGUCAGGUGCACCAUCCUCACCACGCCCGUCAACGCCGCCAUCAUCCGCUCCGCCGUCGACCGCGCCAACGACGCCUUCACCGGCACCGGCUGUCCGGCCAUCGACAUCGCCGUCGUGCCCUUCCCCGACGUCGGGCUCCCGCCGGGCGUGGAGAACGGCACGGCGCUCACGUCCCAGGACGACCGCGACAAGUUGUUCCACGCCGCGCAGCUGCUCCGGGAGUCCUUCGACCGGUUCCUGGCCGACCACCGCACCGACGCGGUCGUGUCCGACAGCUUCUUCCACUGGUCCGUGGACGCCGCCGCGGAGCGCGGCGUCCCGCGCAUCGCGUUCCUCGGCAGCAGCAUGUUCGCGCGCGCCUGCAGCGACAGCAUGAUGCGGCACAACCCGCUGGAGAACGCCCCUGACGACCCCGACGCCCUCGUUUUGCUGCCGGGGCUGCCGCACCGCGUCGAGCUGAGGCGGAGCCAGAUGAUGGACCCGGCGAAGAUGACGUGGCAGUGGGAGUUCUUCAAGAGCGUGAACGCCGCGGACCAGAGGAGCUUCGGCGAGGUGUUCAACAGCUUCCACGACCUCGAGCCGGACUAUGUCGAGCACUUCCAAAAGACGCUCGGCCGGCGCGUGUGGCUCGUCGGGCCGGUGGCGCUCGCCAGCAAAGACAUGGCUGUGAGAGGCACCGACGCGCCCUCGCCGGACGCGGACAGCUGCAUCCGGUGGCUGGACGCCAAGCCAGCCGGCUCGGUGGUGUACGUCUCCUUCGGCACACUAACCAAGUUCGCCCCGGCGGAGCUGCACCAGCUCGCCCGCGCGCUCGACCUCUCAGGCAUGAACUUCGUGUGGGUGAUCGGCGCCGCCGGGGGCCAAGACUCUACUGAAUGGAUGCCCGAAGGCUUCGCCGAGCUCAUAGCGCGCGGCGACCGCGGCUUCAUGGUCCGAGGCUGGGCGCCGCAGAUGCUGAUCCUUAGCCACGCCGCUCUCGGCGGGUUCGUGACGCACUGCGGCUGGAACUCGGUGCUGGAGGCCGUGAGCGCCGGGGUGCCGAUGGUGACGUGGCCGCGGUACGCGGACCAGUUCCACAACGAGAAGCUCGUGGUGGAGCUGCUCAAGGUGGGCGUCAGCAUCGGCGCCAAGGACUACGCGUCAGGCAUGGAGGCCCACGAGGUGAUCACUGGCGAGGUGAUCGCCGAGUCCAUCCAGAGAUUGAUGGAGAGCGACGCCAUCCAGAAGAAGGCCAAGGACCUCGGUGAGAAGGCAAGGCGCGCGGUGGAGAAGGGCGGGUCUUCGUACGACGAUGUUGGCCGGCUGAUGGACGUGCUGACGGCCCGCCGGAGCUCCGUCAAGGUUGGAGAAGACAACCAGGCCAGCUGAUGGGCUGGUACGACGGUGUGUUAAUUUGGGCAGCUUCGAACUUUCCUUUUGCUGAUUAAUGGCCGCUAGAUCCGCUGGCGAUCUUUGCUAUUACGACAGCCAUGACGGCAUGGAAUUUAAUUGUGCGUCGCUAUUUUAUAAGAAAAGUGUAAAAUGAGUAAGAAAACUUUCUUUUCGCA